AUGUGGAUGACCUCCUGAACUGGGGACAGCUGAAGCUUUUUUGAGAUAAAGGCUGUUCCAGCUGACUACAAGUAGAGUGUGCAAUGAGAAGAGGUCUUCUAUAGGAGAGCCUAUAGGUGACUGGGGAAAGAAGAAGUAGCAAUAGUAAUAGUAUCUAGUUUCCCUAUGCUGUUACAGGAUAUGUACAGUAUAAGCACAGCCUUGUCCGUGGUACGCUGCACACUUACUGACAGUAUAUUGCAGCUACAAGAAUGUUAAGGAAAAUGACGCAGCUGUUUAGAAGAGAAUAGCAGCUUGUGAGAAAGUUGGAAAAGAAGAAGGAUGCACUAUACUAUGGAUAAUAGCUUCACAUGCUUUAUGGGGGAGAGGGGGGAAGGGCCCACAUAUGCUCGGGAAAAAGAAAAUAAAUCUGAGUCGCUCAACAUUGCAAACUAGGAGUGGUCAAUAUUCGGUUCCAUGCUUUUCACCACUCCGUGCUAGUCUCUUGUGUUCAGAAGAAACGGAAUAAGUAUGAUGAAGGCUUCUAGUCCGUUGCAAGUGAAGUAUGCUGAUGGCGAGUUGGAAAGGCUAGAGCACAAGCUUUUUGUGGGUAUGUUGCCAAAGAAUGUUUCUGACCCCGAAGUCUCCUCCUUAUUCUCCCAAUAUGGGACCAUUACAGAUUUGCAAAUUCUCAGAGGUUCUCAGCAAACUGGUAGAGGAUAUGCUUUCCUGAAGUAUGAGAAAAAAGAACAAGCAAUUGCAGCAGUAGAGGCCCUUAAUGGAAAGCAUACCAUGGAGGGUUCAACUGUCCCUUUGGUGGUCAAGUGGGCAGAUACAGAAAGGGAAAGGCAAGCUAGGAGGGCUCAGAAAGCUUUCUCUCAGGCAUCUAAUGCUUCCAACUCUGGACAGCAUCCGUCUUUAUAUGGAUCUCUAUCCAUGGGUUAUAUGCCACCAUAUAAUGGCUAUGGUUAUCAGACUCCUGGGACAUAUGGGCUCAUGCAGUACCGUCAACCAUCAGUACAGAAUCAACCUUCAUUUCAGAAUACGGUUCCAUCCAUAGACCAACGAGGUACUCUACGUGGAGUUGCACCUGGUCUAACACCUGGAAUUAUCCCAAGAAAUUAUGCCAUGUCACCUGGAAGCUAUCUGGCAUCUGCUUACAGGGCUGUACAAGGGCUUCAAUAUCCCAUGCGCUAUGCUGGAGGCAUUCCUGGUUAUCUACCUCCUUAUACCGCAAACAGGCACUCUGCAGCAUCUUCAGAUGUCAGUUCAAAUACAGGGGGUCAAGUUGAAGGUCCACCUGGUGCUAAUUUAUUUAUUUACCACAUUCCUCAAGAAUUUGGUGAUCAAGAGCUUGCAAACACAUUUCAACAAUUUGGUACGGUCUUGAGUGCCAAAGUUUUUGUGGACAAAGUUACUGGUGUUAGUAAAUGUUUUGGAUUUGUAAGUUAUGACUCUCCAGAUGCUGCACAAUCCGCAAUCAAAAUGAUGAAUGGUUUCCAACUAGAUGGGAAAAAGUUGAAGGUUCAGCUUAAAAGAGAAAAUAAACAGAACAAACCUUAUUGAUAUAUGUGGGGGGGAAGUGGAUUCUGUGCAUCAGCGGUCCCACGUAAUCCACUGGGGAGUUGCUACAUUUGAACAGCCACUGGGAGCUGAUUGUAAAAUUUUAGCAGUGACAUAGCGACUAAAUGCUAAUUGUAGUUCCCCUAUGGAUUGAAGGCCCAGAAACUUGUAAUUCUUGUUCCACUUUAAUCUGUAACUUGUGCAGCAUGGAUAAACAUUCAGACAUUUGUAAAUUCAUUGAUUCUUCUAAUUGUUAUGAUUGUCAUUAAGUUAGUAAUUUGUUGUUAUGUA